GUCCGCAGGCCCACGCUCUAUCCACUGAGCCAAAGAGGUCAGGGCUGUUGUUACUUUUAUUCUGUCCACUGACUGUAGCCCCGCAUGGAUAGAUAGCUCAUGUAUUUCCAUCUCAGCGAGUUCAAAACUGACGAAUUUCCACCUCACCUCACCCCACGCCUGCUCUUCCUCCAGAGACCCCACCUCAGUUACUUGUGCCACCGUCCACCCUGCCCUGCACCCAAAAGCCUGGACGUCAUCCUUGGCAUCUUCCUUUUCUCAGCUCCCGAACAUCUGAUCAGUAGUCAAGCUCUGUGGAGCCCACAUCCAUGGCUGUAAAUUCUCACCCUGGACUCUUGCCAUCCUUGUCCUUGCACCAUCAUCAAACCACCCGCCUGGUCUCUGACCUAGUUGUCUAAGCAGGCCUUCCCCAACCCAGGCCGCCUGGAAUGGGCUCUUUCCCCACACACACACCCCCAUCUUUCCUUUGGAAUUGCUCAUACUCAUGCCUGCCCAUCCUUCAGAUCUCAGCUUAAAUAUUUCUUCUGAAGUCUAGGGAGAGUCUAGUGCUUGCACAUGUGACCUUUUAUGGAACCUUCACAGCCAUCCUAUGAAGUUGUAGAUUUUUCCCAUUUUACAGAAGAGUACAGACUACUUCGGUCGUUAGUUAAAUUGUGCAAAAUCAUACAGUGGUUUCAGAGACUAUGGAUAUACUCUUCAGAAUCAGAGGAGGCCUUGAUCUAGCUUUUCAGCUAGCUACUGCUAAUGACAUUUUUAUCCAGAAGGCACUAAAACAUGUGUUGAGUGACCUGUCCGCCAAGCUGUCUUCAAAUGCACUGGUGUUCAGAAUCCGCCACAGCUCGGUGUAUGUGUGGCCUAACAGUGACAUGAACACCAUCCCAGGAGAACUGACAGAUAGUUCUGCUUGUAAGACCUUACUGCGCUUCAUCCAAUUUGAACAGGAAGAAGAUACAAAACGAAAAUUCAUGAGGAAGAAAGACAAAAAGUUAUCAGAUGUGCAUCAAGUAGUAAACAUAGAUCUCAUGCUGGAAAUGUCAACCUCUCAGACCGCCGUAACCCCCGUCAUUGAAAGAGAAAUCGGAGGACACCACUAUGUGACCAUGGCGUUGCCGGUUGAUGCAGUUUUAUCUGUUGCCCCCGAAGAAGCAUGGGGAAAAGUUCGUAAACUUCUAGUGGAUGCAAUUCAUAAUCAGCUAACUGAUAUGGAAAAGUGCAUUUUGAAAUAUAUGAAAGGAACAUCCAUUGUGGUCCCUGAACCACUGCACUUUUUAUUACCGGGGAGAAAAAAUCUUGUAACAAUUUCAUAUCCAUCGGGAAUUCCAGAUGGGCAGCUGCAGGCCUACAGAGAGGAGUUGCACGAUCUCUUCAAUCUGCCUCAUGACAGACCUUACUUCAAAAGGUCUAAUGCUUAUCACUUUCCAGAUGAACCAUACCAAGAUGGUUACAUUAGAAAUCCACACGCUUAUCUCAGUCCACCCAACAUGGAGACUGGUAUGGUUUAUGUGGUCCAGGGCCUGUACGGUUAUCAUCAUUACAUGCAGGAUCGGAUGGAUGACAACGGCUGGGGCUGUGCCUAUCGAUCGCUGCAGACCAUCUGCUCUUGGUUCAAACACCAGGGAUACACAGAGAGGGCCAUUCCGACACACAGAGAAAUCCAGCAGGCUCUAGUUGAUGCCGGGGACAAACCAGCAACAUUUGUGGGAUCACGGCAGUGGAUUGGGUCUAUCGAGGUACAGCUGGUCCUGAACCAACUGAUUGGCGUAACUUCAAAAAUACUGUUUGUCAGCCAGGGUUCGGAAAUGGCCUCUCAGGGACGGGCACUGGCCAAUCACUUCCAGAGUGAAGGAACUCCAGUGAUGAUCGGGGGAGGCGUUUUGGCCCACACGAUACUGGGAGUUGCAUGGAAUGAGAUUACAGGGCAGAUAAAAUUUCUAAUUUUAGAUCCACAUUAUACAGGCGCUGAAGAUCUGCAGGUUAUUUUGGAAAAGGGCUGGUGUGGAUGGAAGGGUCCAGACUUCUGGAAUAAGGAUGCGUACUAUAACUUAUGUCUUCCUCAGCGACCAAACAUUAUUUAAAACGAGGCCCGGUGCGUGAAAUUCGUGCACUCAGGGGCGGCGGGGGGGGGUCCCCUCAGCCCGGCCUAUGCCC